CCGCUGACGUCUUCCGGAAACGUGCACGUGCACGCUGCCAGCAUACGUCAUGGCGGCUAGACUCGUCUUCGGUGCUACCCGGAGCUGGGCCGGCUGGCGGGCCUGGGAGCUUCCGGACACCGCGGCUUCUGUAAGACUACAUGUACGCGAUUAUGCCAAGAGACCGGUUUUUAAGGGCGGCAAAAGCGGCAAAGGUGCUGCGGUGGGAGAGACCCUGAAAGACCCCGAGGUGUGUACAGACCCCGUCCGGCUCACAACGCACGCCAUGGGUGUCAGCAUCUACAAGGAGGGCCAGGAUGUGGUCCUGAAGCCGGAUUCCGAGUACCCCGAGUGGCUGUUCCAGAUGAAUGUGGGCCCCCCCAAGAAGCUGGAGGAGCUGGACCCGGAGACCCGGGAGUACUGGCGGCUGCUCCGGAAACACAACAUCUGGCGCCACAACCGGCUGAGCAAGAACCAGAAGUUCUAGCGGGGGAGGGCCAGAGCUCUCUAAAAGGACACUGACCCUCCAAGGACCUGGAGGAGACAGGACAGAUUGCGAGGUGGGGGGGAGUUGGUACCUCCCCCAGCCUGUCCCCAGGACUUUUUAUUUUCUGGAGAAGCAGACGUUUCUGAGAACAGAGGAGAAUCCCCCCUCACUGGGGUUGCCCCCAGAGUGAGACUGAAUCAGGGCCCUGGGAGCUAAUAAAGCCUUCUGGGGGCAAUUAUUGGCAGGCCCCGGAUGUCGCUGAGUGUCCUGUGAUAUUGGGGUCAGGAGGGACUUGGGACAGGCAGUGGGGGGCUGAGCACUUCAGGCCCAGUGGUUCCAUGGCUCAGCCUUCACCCUCAGUGAUUGCUGGGGAUCUGCAGGUCCAUCUUCACCUCCCAGCCUCCUCGAGCUUCUCACCCUGAUUCCUGGAAUUCCUAGCAUUGGCUAAGAGGCCCCAACCUCUGUCCUCUAGGGGGAGAUUUUUUGAGCCAAGCUUCCCUGGAUUGCAGUGGACUUGGACUCAUACCUGAGCCACAUCAUCCAGAGCAGAAGAGUCUUCGUGAACUUCAGGAAUGGAAAUGUCCAGGGCUAGGCAUGGCUGGAUCCAGGUGCUUCAGCAUUCAGCUAUGAGGUGCUCUCCAUCUCUGGGUCCUUUUAACUCCAGUGGGUAGGUCCUUUUACCCCUUGGGUAGGGGUUUCUCCAGGACUUCUGACUGACACCCCAUACCCAGUUCAGCAAACCCAGCCAGAGGGAAGGGACUUCUCUUUCUUUUCUGCCAGGGUCACAGGGGUUAUCUUUGUUGGCCAGUCACUUGAGCCAAGGAACCUGGGCCUACCCACCAUCCUUCUGUCCAACCCACUGGUGCCCAGCAGCUUAGAGGAGGCUGAAGGACACACACACACACGGUGCCAGGGCCCACUCCCAGUGGUACAGCCAUGCCCCCUCCUGGGUAGAUAUCUGGGUUUGGGGCGGCAUACGCUGCUUAGGGGGCUGGACCAGGGCUCUCUCACCCUCCAAACUCCUCCAGAGCUGGGCGGGUGGGGCAGGGCAGGGUCCCUGAGGCUAAUUCUGUCUGGUCCCAGGAAAACGAGAGCCCUCAUCCUCUUAGAAGGACUCUGCCAAGCGGAUUACCGCUCACCUGCCCUCCCUGCAGCCCGCGCUGAGCAGGCGCAUCAUCCCAACCAUCCCGCGCAGGUCCCCACAGCUGAGUGAAAACCCAAGUUGUAAUGGCCACAGGCUUCCUGGCUGCUCCUCCAACACGGCAGGCGUGGUGCUCUCCUGGGCCCUCUGCCUGAGUCUCUCCCUGCCCCCACCAUGUCCUCAAGGCUCCCUCUUUACCUCCAGACCUUUGCUGUGAUGGUGCUGACCACCAUAUUAAACUGCCGCCCUACCACA